ACCAAAUUAGCCCCGAUCCCGUCCGCCUCAUCCGCACCGGCGCACCGGCGCACCCACCCAACCACCUACCCGCCCGCCCGCCUCCGCACUCCACUACCACCGCUCCAAUGGCGCCCACCGCCAAAUCCAAGCCGAAGCCCACCAACUGGCCGUCCACACUCCCGUACCUGACUGCCCCCCUCCUCAGUCCCGUGCUCACCCGCCGUCCCACUUCCCCCACCAUCGCCUCGCUGAACCUCCACACGCCCACACCCACCUCCUCACCAUCAGCCCUAGUCCGUAUCAAGCCGAUCACUACCCCCUCCCACCCCGCAUGCGGCCAGUCAGGCCUCUUCGCGACGCGCACGCUCGCCGCGCGCUCGUGGGUGCUCGACUACCUCGGCGUGUACCACACGGCGGGCGAGAGCGAUCCAAACAGCGACUACGAUAUCAGCCUGGACCGCGAGAGCGGCGUUGCGGUCGACGCGGCGGGAUGCGGGAAUGAGGGUAGGUUCGUUAAUGAUUAUAGAGGCGUUAGGGAGAGGCCGAAUGUGGAGUUUGGGGAUAGGAGGACGGGAGACAAGGGGGAGGGGGAAGGGCAGGCUAGGGUCGCGAUUUAUGUCGGGAGUAAAGAGGUUAGGAAGGGUGAGGAGUUGCUGGUUAGCUAUGGGAAGGGGUUUUGGGAGGGGAGGAGGGGGUGAGCUGCGCGGUGGGGCGACGGGAGAAGGCGCAGAAGCAAUCGAUUCGGCCGGACGCGACAUCCAUCCAUCCCAUCUGCUUCGGUAGAAGAGAGGAGGAGACGCCGGCUCCAGUCUCAGCGCCACGGACGACGCACCGCAGCCUCGCCAGCCUUGUAGGACACCCAUGUGCCGAUAUCCAGCACUUUUGUCCGGCAGGGCGCAGCGCACUCGUGCGUCGAAUCUCGAUAUCGCCGACAGCCCGGCAGCGCGCAUCGUCAGUGCUCGUUAAUUCCCAGCGCCCACCCAUGUCCUUGUUCAUGACCAUGUCCUUGCAAAUGGUUAUCUCGCCGACUGCAGCAGCCGUACAGCUACCCGAGACCCAAACCCAGACCCAAACCCAGACCCAAACCCAGACCC